AUGGUUUACUUAUACAACCGCCGUGCCAUUCUUGGAGCGAUAGGCAUAUGGGCCAUUUCUUCGCUGCCCACAGCUUCGGCCGCCCUGAGCUGGUCUAUUUGCGAGACAGACGAAGAUGGCAAGAAGACCUGCAGGAGCAGGAUCCCAAGAUCUGCUCGGAUUGCCAUUGGCAUUAUGUGUCUCGGUGUCUUGCUCCUCCUUGCGUCGCUCGUUGUCUGUUGCAUCAAGAAUCGACGGGCAGCGAAGCAGGCCCAACAAGAAGUGAACGUUGAGGCUAACCAGGUCGAUGGACCGCCGACGAUCAUCGCGACGGAGUACCACCCUACUGCUGGCCCGUCACCCGUCUACAGCCCGCGACCGGGCAGCCCGGCGCAGAUGAGUGGUCCAGCCUACCCCGUCGCGGCCCACUAUUACAAGGGCAGCGAUACGCUAAACCCGCCAGAGUACGGGACACGCACCGCACCUGUGUCGCAGGGAGCGUUCCAGAAUCAGCCAUACCCGUUCAGUGGCGGUGUGUCCUCGACUUCGCGAGGCGCUACUGUACCCAAGACCGCCUUCGUAACCGGGGGCUUCCCUCGUCCGCUCCUAGCUGGCGAGAGACUCAAGGAUAGGCUCAAGGAAAGACCUGCGUCAGUUUCCCAUAGUAGCUAUGGACUGCCGCCGAGCCCUCGUUCUCCCCGCCCUAACUGA